AUGAGUCACAACAAGGAACAGAUCCCGUCAUUGCUACCCCCCACGUAUCAAGCGUCACAAGAUUCAGCAAUCGACGAAGAUAUCCUACCUGAUUAUUCCUCCUCUCUCAACUACAAUGGACUAAUUAUGCUUAAACACGAACUUACUACACCGUUUCAACUUCCCAACAAGCAGAGCGAGUUAGAUUGGGAGCCUUACGUGAUGGAGUUGAACUCAACACAACUGAACAUAUACAAAUUGAAAGACAUCAAACUAUGUCAUUACGUGAAAUACUUCUUCGAGAAUAUGCUUGUAGAAAUGUGUUUACCGUUGUCCGCAAUGCGGCAUACUUCAAGAUUCGACCCACACUUGAACAUAAAAAGUGGUAAGUUAACCAGAAAGUCUCCCAGUGUGAAGCCCGUUAACGCAGUAAAAGUCCCGAAUUCGGUGGGGCUUAGAGGACGUCUCAAAAACUUUGUGUUCGGUGAGGCGGAUACCAUUGUCGAUGAUAGACGUCUACCCUUAAUAACUAAACUAGCCAAGCAGGAUAUGGAAUCACCUGAAUUCCAGUUGGUGGCUGAAGUUUUGAAUCAUCAGGACGAAUUUAGCGAUAUCUCCUCAAAUUCUAAGAAUCAAUAUUAUGACAAGAUUCAGGAUAUCAGGGGAGAAUUGUCUAAGAGCUUGACAUUGCAGCGAUGCCAAGUCGGCUCUGCUUCUGAUCAUAUAGCUCGACCGUUUACAAUUCGUAUGCGUUGUGAACUGCAACAGUUUAUGGUAUGUUGCUACAAUCCGUACCAGUUUAUAAAUUGGUACUACAAGCUAGUCUAUGCUAUCGAUAUUGCUCUUCCACUCGAGUUGAGAGAGUUCAAUCAAAAGAACUGCAAGACGAUUCCAAGAAGAAGUAGACGUAUCUCCGCUGGUAGAAGAAACACGUUUGCUUCUCUGAAUGAUUACAGCUCCUCGGACAUAGCAAGACCUAGAGCGAAUUCUGUUCCUGUGAAUGCAGCUGAUAGGCGGAAUAACGUGCCUCAAGAUGUGGAAGAAUUGGAAGAUGAUGGUUAUGACUACGAGAUAUUCGAAAAUUCACAAUCCGAAAGAACAAUCGAUGAUUGUUACGAUGAUUCAGAAAAAAAGUACCAUGAACCUCCCAGUAUACCUUACAGUAACUCCUUUGUCACAUAUUCUAGUUAUGAGGAGUUUCUUAAUCUAAGAUAUGCAAUCAAAUGUAUCAAGUCGCUCAAGUUGAAGAAACCAUGGUUGGGACAUAAAGUAACUUUUAACUUUCAAUACAUUGAAAGCCCAGACUAUUCGGAGUCCGAUUCAGAUGAAAGUAUUGUUAUUAAGCCCCACUUAUUGAAUAGUUUCUCUCCUUCAAAUGUUUGCCUUCCAGAAAAGUUUAAAUACCAGGAUUUUAUCAUCCAAGAUAAAGGGUUAUUUUAUGUAGAAUAUUAG